GGCAACCGUUUAUGUUAAUGUUUGUUAACUUACUGAUGUCUUAUUACGUGCAACGUUAGUUCUGCCGAGUCUGUUGUUUAUUAUCCAUCAUUAUGUUUGUGACGUUUUCGGGCUUUGUGUGAAGCGUUUUGUGAACUCCUGAGCUACAUGAGUGCAACAGGGCGUUACUCACUAACGACAGCAAUAAUAAUAGUGACGAAGAAGAGGAAUACGAUUUCUUGUGAGUCAGAAUGGCCCAGGGCAUACCAGAUGAGGUGAUAAUGAAUACUGCGCUGAUAGAAGAACUGGCAGAUGUGGCAAAAGAUGCAGCGCUGCUACAGGGUGUCUUAAUGCGGAUCCAAGAAACCCCCAACUCAUCGGAGCUGGUGACCUACGCUCCGUUCACACUCUUUCCCACCCCCGUGCCUAAGGCUGUGUUCCUCCAGGCUCUGGCCGUGCAAACGCACUACAACACACUGGUAGACAUGAUCAGCCAGGAUCUGGACUUUCUGCAAGAGGCUCUAGCUAGCACAGUUGCAGUGGAUGAUUUCACUGCGAGGUUGUUCAGGAUCCACCAACAAAUCCUAAAAGAAGGAAGGUCUCAGUCUAUUAUGUUGGGUCUCAAUCGGUCGGACUACAUGCUGGACCAGAGAGACGAUGGCUCAUCGUCUCUGAAGCAGAUAGAAAUCAACACCUUUGCUGCCAGUUUUGGAGGUCUCUCAUCACGCACGCCAGAUGUACACCGACACAUCCUGAAGGUGGCUGGCCGUCUGGAGGAGAGCCAGCGCAUCCUAGACAACAACCCUGCAGCUGGUCUGGCCAGGGCCAUUGCCAAAGCCUGGGAGCUCUAUGGAUCAGAGAGAGCAAUCGUCAUGUUCUUGGUGGAAGAGAACCAAAGGAACAUCUUUGAUCAGCGUUACAUCGAGAGCGAAUUGUGGAAGAGAAACAUUCCCACAAAAAGAAAGCGGUUCGACGAUGUUUGUAAGACGGGGUCCCUCGACCAGGACAAGAGGCUGUUUGUUGAUGGCCAAGAGGUUGCAGUGGUGUACUUCAGAAAUGGCUACAUGCCCCAGAACUACAAUUCUGAACAGACUUGGGAUGCUCGCCUUCUGAUGGAGCGCUCGCUGGCUGUCAAAUGUCCAGACAUCAGCACUCACCUGGCUGGAACCAAGAAGGUCCAGCAGGUGCUCGCCAGACCUGGAGUCCUGGAGAAGUUCUUCCCCGACCAGCCCCAAGUAGUGGAGCAGAUCAGAGCAACGUUCGCUGGCCUCUACACUCUGGACAUGGGACCAGAGGGUGACAAAACAGUAGAAAUGGCUUUGGCAGCACCAGAAGGGUUUGUCCUGAAGCCUCAGCGAGAGGGAGGAGGCAACAACAUAUAUGGAUCAGAGAUCUGCCAGGUCCUGCAGGAAGUGAAGGGGAGUGCAGAGAGGAUGGCCUAUAUUCUGAUGGAUAAAAUCCAUCCCGUCCCGGUACAGAACUACCUGCUGAGACGAGACGCUCCCCUCCAAAUCAGUAACUGUCUGAGCGAACUGGGAGUGUUUGGAGCGUAUGUCAGGCAAGGUAAAGACAUGGUCAUGAACGAAUGUGUGGGUCAUCUGCUGAGGACCAAGAGUUCGGAGCACUCAGACGGAGGCGUAGCUGCAGGAGUGGCUGUGCUGGACAAUCCUCUCCUCGUCUGAGACUCACACUCCUAGCUGCUGACAUUUCAACAAAACAGCUUGCUAAUGGACAUCAGUGAAAUCAAGGUUGCACUUUUCAAUCACACUGUCACUGUUGCUGAAAACGACGCUGUGCCCCACCUGUUUGACAGGAACAGCAGCCCUGUGGGAUUCCUCCUGCUUUUAGAGGUGAUGCAGUAGACAAAUGUCUUUGUGUUAUUUCUGAUAAUCAUGUUGCUGUUUGCCAUUUGUCUGUAUUAUUAUCAUCAAUAUCAGUGCUUCCAAACGGGUAUGUGAGGACCAUGUUUACUGUCAGUAAACAGUGCUGCUCUCAGAUACACACUCAAGGGCUUAAACAAGUUUAACCACUUAAUAACAUGCUCGGUUUGGUUGCACAAAAAUUAAAAUUCAGUCGCAGCCUUUGUUUAGCCCUAAUGAAGAGAGGACCAGUUCUGUAAUAGAUGGACAAUCUGAAGCCAUCAUCUCUAAUCUGUCAAUUUAGAAUCACAAUGUGAAUCUUAUUUUAUACAAUGUUUAUAUGAACAGCCUCACUGUCAGAGUUUCAGGGACAUAAUCACUUUUCUCUCCGGGAACAUUUUUGGUACGAUUGACAUGCCGAUUGUUUCGAUUGCAUUGACAUUGGAAAUGAGGUGGAGCUGAAGCGCCAUCUUGUGGCUGGCUUUUGUUACUACAACAUGCUGGUAACAUAAGCCAGCCUGCUGACAGGUGUUUCAAAUAUAAGAAUAUUAUAAACAACACAUUGCAGUAUAAUUCAACACCACUGCAGCAUUCAAACAGUCCUCAACACAGCGUAUUGUAGGUUUUUGACUGUAACUGGAAAACUUAUCAGGCUUGUGAUAGUGUGGUUUGAAAGUAGACGGUUUAUGGCGGGUCAGUUUGACUGUAGAGCUUUGGGAGAGGGUUGCCCUGCAUUUAUUAAGUAUGAACAAAAAUCAGGCUGAACAGGAGUGAUGGGUGCUUGAGGUUUCAAGGAGAAACAAAUCAAGUGUCCUUAAACAGCUGUUUUCAGCUGUUCACCUCGUUUGAUUUGUUUGGUUUUAUCAGUUUAACUAUGAUUGCAGCUUUUUAAUGAUUGAGACAAGCAGCUAACAAACUGUUUAUUUUCAACAUACAGACACGCUGACAUUACGCUGGGAUGUCUUAAAUCCGCCUCAGCAAAAACAGUGGCUAAAAUUACCCCAGUUUCAGUUAGAGAGUAGAAAUCUAUAUAACAAAUAACCAAUUAUAUUCUAUAAAAAAACAUAAGACAAAUCAAAUGAUUAUUUAUAUUUUUAGCGUCUUUCAAGAAAUACAGCUCAAAGUGCUUUCAUUUAAGGGAAAACAACUAAACAGCGAACUGCGUUUGUAUUGUUCUAAUGUUGUGAUGAACAUUUUAAGAUUUUCUUUUUUAAUUUCGUUCAUUUGGGUUAUAUUAAAGUAGAAAAAAUGGUUUUAUAUAGAGGGAGAACAAAGUAACAGCAAAUCAGAACCACUGCAAAUGAUUAGACAUGAAAAGAGGGAAAAGAGAAAUCACCAUUACUUCAAGGACUCUCCUGCAGGACGACACAUGCAGGAUGGCGUGGAGACCAUUUGCAAGAAAUCCACCACAGUUUGUUCCACAGUAUGAUGCAUUUGAGGCUUGAUAUUAUGAUCGUGCAAUAGAGUAGCAUACUAAUUUCAGGUCUUCAGAACUGAUGGAGGAGAAUUAAGAACCAAAUGUCGCUCUUUGGACCAAAAAUUACUGCUCA